AUGGCAGCGCUGGACGCCGAGGGACCUGGGCGAGCACGGUCCCGGUUCCCGGAGGAGGGCGCGGGGCUGGUGGCCCUGCACCAUGCAGGAGGACGGCGGCCGCCGGCGGCUCUCGGUAGGCUGGGGACGGGUUGGGGACAUCCACACGGGGCUGGGGGACAGCAGGGACAGCUCCAACCGCCCCCCCGGGCCCCGCAGGGGAAGCUGGAGCUCAGCCUGGAGCUGCUGUCGGCGCAGGAGGCCGAGGAGCGGCCGGUGGGGAAGGGCCGGGAGGAGCCCAACAAGCACCCGACGCUGCCCGAGCCCAGGCGCCCCAAGUCCUCGUUCCUGUGGCUGCGCUCGCCGCUGCGCCUCAUCCGCUACGGCGUCCGCUGGCGCUACCUGCUGUGGCUCGGCGUGGGGCUGGCGGCGCUCCUGCUGCUCCUGCUGCUCCAUUCCUUCUUCCCGGUCAGCACCGCCCCACGAGCGCGCCGCUGCCGCCCCCGAGCGCGCCCUGAGUGCCCCGUGUCCCCCCGCAGGGCUCCCUCACGGUCAAGGUGGCUGACCCGCGCCAGCUCCUGCCGGCCACGGAGCGCCGCGGGACGGCACGCUGAGGAGGAGCCGCCCGGUGGCCCGGUUUCCUGGCUCGGAACCCCGUCCUGAGCCGCUCUGGGUGUCCUCGGUGGGUUCUCCAGCCAGGAGGGGAUCGCUGGAGGAGCUGCCCAUGGGUGUUCCCUGCUAACAAAGCCGCGUCCCAGCAGCACCGGAGCAUCGUCCCCGUCUCUGGUGGCUCGGGGGAGGGCACGGACACCCUAAGCCCAGCCCCGAUCCCAAAUUCAGCCCCGACUCCAGCCCCAGCUCCCAAAGUCAGCCCCAAUUCCUGCCCUAACCCCGAACCGUCCUCAGCCCCCAGCCCAGCCCCGGUGCCCCGGGCGGGACGGGGACACCCCCGGGGAGUGCGGCUGGGAGGGGGGAGUG